CAGCGCUGUGGGCGCGGCCGCACCGCCUGAGCCACGGGCAGCAGCAGGGUCACUCCGACCAGCUUACAGAUGUUGCUAAUCAGCCCAUACAAAUGGAGAACCCUUACAAAGAGCCCCCAAAGAGAUGUGUCUUAUGUAGAGUAAAGGUGGACUAUAAGAACGUGCAGCUUCUUUCCCAGUUUGUUUCUCCUUACACCGGUCGCAUUUAUGGCAGACACAUAACAGGCUUAUGUGACAAGAAGCAGAGGGAAGUUACAAAAGCCAUUAAAAGAGCUCAGAUCCUUGGGUUUAUGCCAGUAAUGUUUAAGAACCCAGCAUUCCUCACAGACCCCAAGAUAUGUAAUAUCAAGUAUCCAGAGUAA